CGAUUUUUUAACAUUUACUUCCGAUCAAUUCGGUAAAUAUAUCAUUUAUGUUCGUAUUUAUGUCGUCGUAAUUUUAAAAAGCUAUUUCUAAAUUUAAAAAAAGAAUAAAUAUAAUAUUUUUUAUUCGGAAAGAAAAACUUAAGCAGGAAAAAUGGUGGCAAAUGUUACGACGCUGCACAUAGCCAGUCUCUUGGAUAAAAUGACAUCUUCUGAUAAAGAUUUUCGGUUCAUGGCCACGAACGACUUGAUGACCGAAUUGCAAAAAGAUUCAAUCAAACUAGACGACGAAAGCGAGCGUAAGGUUGUCAAAAUGCUCUUAAAACUUCUAGAAGAUAAAAAUGGAGAAGUGCAAAAUCUGGCAGUCAAAUGUUUGGGACCUCUGGUGAACAAAGUUAAAGAUGCCCAGGUAGAAACUAUUGUCGAUACAUUAUGUACGAAUAUGCUCUCAGAUAAGGAACAACUCAGGGAUAUAUCAAGCAUUGGCUUGAAGACAGUGAUUGGAGAGCUGUCCCCAGGUUGUUCAGGACUGGCCAUCAAUAUAUGCAAGAAGAUAACAGGCAGACUGACGAUUGCUGUAUCAAAACAAGAUGAUAUUUCCAUUCAGCUGGAGACCUUAGACAUUCUAAGUGAUCUCUUAAAUCGUUUUGGCAGUCUACUAACAUCUUUUCAUCCUGUCAUGCAACAAAUUUUAUUACCUCAUCUGACCAGUUCAAGACUGGCCAUCAGAAAAAGAACUAUAAUGGCUCUAUCCAACUUAUCAACAACCAGCUCAAAUCAUUUGUUUGGUGAGCUAAUCACAUAUUUGAUGCAUGAGCUGUCGAGGAAUGCAUCAAUUUCCACAACAAGAACGUACAUACAGUGCUUGGGUUCCAUCACGAGACAGUCAGGCCAUAGAGUUGGAGAACAUCUAGAUCGAGCAUUACCUCUAGUCACUCAUUUAUGUUCUCUGGAAAAGAAAAUGCAGUCGACCAGCUCUGAUGGUGAUGACGACGAAUUGAGGGAGUGUUGCAUCCAGACAUUGGAAUUUUUUGUUAGAAGGUGCCCUAAGAACGUUGGUCCCUACCUACAAGGCAUUGUCAAAAUUUGCUUAGAUUCCCUGGUCCACGAUCCCAACUACAGCUAUGGGAAUGAUGAGGAAUAUGAUGAGAACAUAGCAGAUGAUGACCAAGAGGAUGAUCAGACUGAUGAUCAGAGCAGGUCGGAUGUCGAGUACAGUGACGAUGAUGAUGUUAGCUGGAAAGUUAGAAGGGCUGCUGCCAAAUGCCUGGGUUCUAUAUUCUCCAUCAGACAUGAUCUGCUGAAUGAGUUCUAUGAAGUUGUAUCACCGGUUCUUAUAUCAAGGUUCAAAGAGAGAGAGGAGAAUGUGAAAUCAGAUAUCUUUGCUUCCUACAUAUCCUUACUCCGCCAAACGAAAUCAACAGCUGCCAUCAGCAUGACAUCAGUUGCCACUGACGAUGGCAUGGAAGUCGUAGAAGGGCCCAUUGCCCAACUGGCCUCUCAGGUGCCUAAAAUUGUCAGGGCAAUACACAAGUUACUGAAAGAAAAAAGUGUAAAAACAAAGCAAGGAUGUUUCUUGCUACUAUCAGAGCUUGUUCAAACUCUCCCCGGCUGCCUGAAAGACCUCAUGCAUCUAGUGGUACCCGGCCUACAACAUUCACUAAUCGACAAAUCUUCUAGCUCAACGAUGAAGAUUGAAGCCUUGUCUUUUUUGCACCUCUUGCUCGUGGCCCACAGUUCUGCUGUCUUCAGGCCUCACCUGACUUCACUGGUCCACCCUGUCAUUCAGUGCAUCUCCGAUCCAUUUUAUAAGGUGGCAUCUGAGGCCCUCCAGGUUGCACAACAGCUCGUUAAGGUUCUUCGACCACUGGACAACAGCACUUCAGACUCCACUGCAACACCUCUCCAUCAACAGUUCCUCUAUGACAUCUUUACAGCUUCAGUCAAAAGACUGUCAGCUACGGAUGUAGACCAGCAAGUUAAAGAACGGGCCAUUGGUUGCACUGCUCAAAUCAUCUGUCAUGGAGCUGAUAUUCUUGGUCCAAAUCGUCUGAACGCCUGUCUACCCAUUUUCGUCGAUCGCCUACGCAAUGAAACCACUAGAUUAUCAGCAGCCAAGGCACUGGCUGCAAUUGCUUCUUCACCACUUCACGUUCAGUUGUCGCCGAUGCUCCUGGCUGACUGUGUUCCGCUGCUAGGAACAUUCUUACGUAAGAAUCAACGGGGAUUGAAGCUCUGUUCUCUUCAAUGUUUGGAUGCAUUGGCUCGUGGUGGCUAUGUGUCGCCGACAACUGCUGGGGCAUUUGAUGCAACAACGAAUGAUGCAGCUGCGUUGGUGUCUGACCUCGAUCUUCAUGUUGCUCAGCUGGCUCUGCAGCUGUUGACGUCACUGUGCAAGAUGGGCAGAGCUUCAAAUGUCAUCGGAGGUGAAAGUGUCGUCAUUGGACAGGUCAUUGGGCUGGUCAAGUCACCUCUUCUGCAGGGUACAGUCCUACAGUCGGUGAUGGAUUUCCUGGUGGCACUGAUGCAUGCUCAUGAACAGAAUUCCACUUUGCUGGGGGCCUCAUUCAGCCACCUCUUCAACCAACUGACUUAUCCUGUGCACGAAUCAGCAGAACACAUGCAGCAGCAGCAGCUGCAACAAUCACACGGCAGUUCACUUUCAAACAUGAUCCUUCACAAACAAGCCUACCACUCCAUUGCCAAGUGUGUGGCUGUCCUACUCUACGAACAAUCUGAAAGACACGGGUUGGCCUCCAUAGACAAUGUUAUUGAGGGGUUCAUUAGAUCAAUCAGUCAACCGAAUGUUCCACACCCGGUUCAACUGAUGGCCAUAUUGGGCAUCGGUGAGGCAGGGAGGAAGUGCAAACUGGGUCCUGAGAAAUGUUUCCGUCUCCAGAGGGCUCUAAUUGAUUGCUUCUCAUCAAACAACGACGACAUCAAGCAAUCAUCUGCCAUCUCAAUUGGAGCCAUUGCUGUUGGAAACCUGGAAAUCAUGCUGCCGUUUGUAUUAAAAGAGAUUGAAUUUCAGCCUGCUAAGAGGCAGUACCUGCUGCUGCAUUCGUUGAAAGAGGUCAUAAGCAGCUCCCAGCAACAACAGCAGCCGUCAACAGCAACUGCUGGCGGGGGCGGGGCUGGUAACAGCAGUGAGCAGCAACUAACACCUUAUGUUCAUACAAUCUGGAACCUGCUGAUGAAGAACUGCGAGUGUUCAGAGGAGGGCACGAGAAACGUGGUGGCCGAAUGUCUCGGUCGUUUGGCUCUGUUGGAUCCGGCUGGACUGAUUCCGAAACUGAAGGACUGCCUGAAGUUCACCUCCCCCUUAGCCCGAAGUACCGCUAUAGCUGCCGUGAAAUUUGUGGUGUCUGAUCAGCCGCAAGCCCACGAUGGCCUUUUGAAGCAGUACAUUGGUGAGUUUUUGAACGCUCUCCGAGAUGAAGAUGUUAACGUGAGGAGGGUGGCUUUGGUCGCUUUCAACUCUGUGGCUCAUAAUAAACCGGCUUUGAUGCGAGAUCUUCUGCAGGACGUACUGCCCGACCUCUACCAGGAGACGAAGAUUCGCAAGGAGUUGAUCAGGGAGGUCGAGAUGGGACCUUUCAAGCAUACAGUUGAUGACGGAUUGGAUAUCAGGAAGGCAGCCUUCGAAUGCAUGUACACCCUGCUGGAUGCAUGUCUGGAGAAGGUCGAUAUCUUUGUGUUCCUCCAGCAUCUCGAAGAGGGAUUGAACGAUCAUUACGAUAUUAAGAUGCUUACAUACCUUAUGCUUGUUAGAUUAUCCCAUCUGUGUCCAGGAGCAGUGUUACAGCACCUGGAUAGGAUCAUUGAGCCCUUGAAAGCUACCUGUAUGAGUAAGGUGAGAGCGACCUCAGUGAAGCAGGAAUUUGAGAAACAGGAUGAACUGAAGAGGUCAGCCAUGAGAGCUGUCGCUGCCCUAGCCCUUAUACCAGACGCUGACAAAUGUCCUCAAUUCAUGGAGUUUGUUGGUCAGAUAAAGAUGAAUGGCGAGCUGUCGGCCAUCUUGGAAAGUAUAAAAGAGUCCUCGUCAUCGUCGUCGUCAGCCGCUUCGACUUCAGCUGCUGCUGCUGCUAAUGAUUUGAUGGAUAUAAGCUGAACGUGUCGACUGACGAUGAUUUUGAUGGUGAUGAUGACGACGACUCCCGUGUGCGUGCGUGCGCGUGUGUGUGUGUAAUCUUAUCUCGACACGGGUUUCAUUCUGCGCUUAUAUUUGUAAUGUUUGAUAGAAACACAAAACUUUUCAGUUGAGAGCAAAAAGUGAGUUUAUUAUUAUUAUUUAUUGUUAUUAUUGUUGUUAUUGUUAUUAAUAUUAUUGUUGUUGUUAUCAAGUUUCAGCUGUUCGUUCUGAAAUCCACUUAGUCAGCUAACAUUAAGACUAAGUAAAUCGGAUAUAUAUAUAUAUAUAUAUUAUUGUUAUUAUUGUUGUUAUUAUUAUUGUUGUUGUUGUUGUUAUUAUUAUUACUGUUAUUAUUACUCUGAAAAAACUAAAACAUAAACUCACAUUUUGUUCAAGAGAUGAAAAUGAAACAAACGCAUUAUAACCUCUGAUACAAAAGUAAAAAUAAUAAUAAUAAUAUUAACUUCUAUAUAAAUAAUAAUAA